GCCGGGCGACAGUCGAGACUCGGCGUUCACCUUCGCUCGUUGUUCCGCCUCGCGCUUCGGUAAUUCCGCGUGCCGGCGCUUGCAUUCUGCUCGCAAGAAACCUGUCGUAGGCCCAAUAUCUCCGAUCGAAAUAAACGCGAGUCGCGCGUGUUCAAGUGAACUUUACGUGGCGAGGUGCAAGUCGGAAGAGACGCGACGCGCAAGUCAGUUUGCGGCAAGACUGAAACGUCGAAGGAAGAAAGAUUCGGUUCGCUGACUUGGGUUGCGCGAGGGACGCGACAACGAAAAGGCGGUUGGUGGCGAGAGAACGGGAGAAGCGAGGGGGACGAAGAUUCAUCGAAACCGAUCGAUAAUCCCCUAAACCGCGGAGCUUGGCGCGUCUGCCGCGCGACAGUCGAGACUCGGCGUUCACCUUCGCUCGUCGUGUGCCGCGUCUCGCGCUUCGGUAAUUCCGCGCGUCGGCGCUUGCAUUCCUUUCUGUCCGAGGAACCGCCACAGGCCCAAUUUCCCCGACUGGAGUACGUGUGAAUCGCGCGUGUCGAGUGAACCUUACGUGGCGAAGUUGCGAGUCGGAAGGGACGCGACGCGCCUCGCGCGAUUCAAAUUUUACGGCAGGACCAAAACCGUCGAGGGAAGGAAGGAAGGAAGAUUCAGUUCGCCGACUUGGGUUGCGCGGAGGACGCGAUAACGAAAAGGCGGUAGAGGCAGGGGGGGACGAAGAUUCAUCGAAAAUCAUGGAUAAUUCCGUCGGUGCGCGAUCGGCUCGGUUCGACGCUCGUCGGCGGACAUCGGAGACUCGAGGCUGAGCGGCCCCGCUCGCGACACUUCGGCGACCUUCGGCGCUUCUCGUGCCCGCGCGAUCGCGAUCGCCGCCGCCGCCGCCGAACAGUUGUACGCCGCGCAAACAUACGUUAACCGUCGUGCGAGCGUGUUCGCGCGCGCGUCUCUCUCUCCGGUGCUCGCGCGGGGCCCAUUCUUUCUCGUUUCGUCUCUCGACUCGCUCGCGUCUCGCGCUCUCCACGGUGCAGUGCGGUGGUGUUGCCCGGCGGCGGACCCGGCGCGGAUUCACGUUCGUUGUCCCCCCCCCCCUCGCCCCCUUCCUCGCCGGUCGAGAGUGAGACCGACCGCGGUGACGCGAUGUCCUCCUUCAAGGACGAUAAGGUGCCGUGCGCCCGGCUCUGCCACAUCGUCAAGUGGGACGACUUUAACGGCUACGGAUUCAAUUUGCACGCGCAGAAGGGCAAGAACGGCCAGUUCAUCGGCAAGGUGGACGACGGCUCGCCGAGCCAGGCGGCCGGCCUGCGCCAGGGCGACCGGAUAAUCGAGGUUAACGAGAUCGACAUCGCGAACGAGACCCACAACCAGGUGGUCGAGCGGAUCAAGGCGUUCCCGAGCGAGACCAAGCUGCUGGUGGUCGACCAGGAGGCGGACGAUUACUUCAGGGAGAACAACGUCGUCAUCAAGGGCGGCAUGUCGAACGUCAAGGUGAUCAAGACGCCGGAGAGGAAUCCCAACAGCGUGGAGGACCGCUCCGACGGCAGCAACUGCUCCAUCGACGAGAACACGCAGAAGUCCAUCGACUCGAACGACACGGGGCACAGCGACAGUACCACCGCUGCGCAGACGACGACCGGCGGCAAGGAGUCAAACAUGCGGGAAAACGGCAACGGCGGCGUGAACCACGUGCACGGCACGGGUAACGGCAGCCUGGGCGUCGAGGAUGGCACGAAUAACAGCGAGUCCCGAUCCCAGGGUCUGAACCUGACGAUGAGCGCGAAGGAGCUCAGGGAGAUGCUGGCGCAGCGCAAAAAGUACGACCCGAAGAAGGAGUCGAUCGGCUUCAAGGACAAAUUCGACAUCGUGCAGAAACUGUAGACGCAUCCUCACGCCUCUCCUGUGACUUGUGGGUAGUCCUUUUCUCAUUCCUUUAUUCCUUUCUUUUAUUUUUCCCUCGUUAUCGCCGCCGAGCGCAAGGACGACGGCGACGACGACGGUUCCCUCCCUACGAUGUAAUCGCAUUUUGUUGUAACCGAUCAAAUUGUUGUUAUAAUAAAUACACGAUUGUUUAUUAUCGUG